AUGGAUUUCCAAUUCUUUAGCAGCAACUCGAAGGGCGUCUCCGAGCUCGAGCGCAUGUCUCAGCUCAGUCGCAAAGGCAGCAGUCGCUCUUUGGGUUCGACAAAUCUGAAUCGCUCGCUCUCUAUCCGCUCUAACAAGGGAGGCCCUGUAAGCUCGCCAACGCCAGCUCGUCGCAAGGGCUUCUCCUUCGCGUCGUUGCGCGGAUCGAUCCAGCCAGAGCUGUCGCGGCGCUUGUACCAGCUGAUCAAGUCGACCAACAACCUAGUAUCGGCGCAUGAAGCGGCGGGUCGAGAGCGCGAGACUAUUGCAAAGCAGUUAUCCGAGUGGGGCGAGCAGACGGGAGACGAUGCCGUGUCAGAUAUCAGCGACAAGGUUGGUGUCGUGUUAUCCGAGCUUGGUGCUCAGGAGGAGACAUAUGCACACGGCCUCGACGAGGCUCGUGGCAUCCUCAAAAUCAUCCGUAACACGGAGAAGAGCGUCCAACCCAGCCGCGAUUCCAAGGCCAAAAUCGCCGACGAGAUCCAGAGGCUCAAACUUAAAGAACCCCAAAGCUCCCGCCUCGUAAUUCUCGAACAAGAGCUAGUUAGAGCCGAGGCUGAGAAUCUGGUCGCCGAGGCCCAACUGACGAAUAUCACUCGUAACAAGCUGAAGGAAGCCUAUGACGCCGAAUUCGCCGCCGUGGUCGAGCGCGCAGAGAAACAAAUCAUCCUUGCAAAACACGGUCGUCGCCUCCUCGAUCUGCUGGAUGAUUCACCCGUCACGCCCGGCGACGCGAGACACUCCUACCAGAACGGCAGCGCCGCCCGGCAGAUCCUGAACGAUGCCGAGGACGACCUCAAGAGCUGGGAGAGGAGGAACACCGACAGCUACGACUCGGUUGCGAGAGGCUACGACAUGACGGGCGUCGGCCAUGCUGCUAACGACGGUAGUACUACUAUUAGUAUUAGCGGAAGGGGAGGGGGUCAGGCACCUGUCACGACUGGCGCCGGUCGCGCGUCCGUUGAUGGUGGUGAGAAUCGUCAACUAACGACAGUGCCGGGCGACGAGAAUCGCCAACUAACGAAAGUGGCGGGCGAUGCGCCGUACGUGAGCCCGACACCGACCGAUGAUGGGAAUAGCGAGAGAAGGCUCUAA